AAAAUAACUAACAAGUCUCUAUAAAAAAAAAAUCAAUAUGCCACUUGCUAUAUGCUGGAGAGAGGGAGAGAAGGAAAAAGAAAUAGUAGGAAGGUGAUGGCACACGACACGAGUCAUCGAGGUGUCAUCGCCUUUCUCUAAGAAAGAGAAGGAGUUAUAUUCUUUUUAUUCUACCUUUUUCUCUUUUUUCUUUUUCUUUUUCUUCUUCUUCUUCUUCUUCGUUGACGUCUUCCUCAUCUUUUUUCACGAGGUUUCCUCCUCUUUUAGUGGGAGGUACUAAAAUUAGAGAAGACGGUGCGAAAAACGGUCCAGUCUUGCAGCUUCUUUCGAACACUUCCAAAUGAUCCUUCGUAGCGAUAACACGUUUUCGCGAGCAUCUCGCCGGUGAGUAGUUGGAUAUAUACGGUUUAAAAAAACAGAACAAGUCGUUUCGUAAUAUCGAUCAUCGUAGCACCGUCAUGAGUCGCCGAAGAGAAAACCAACGUAUCUUGAUUCGAUUCUCAAACGGACGAUAAAUUACGAGCAAUCGAUUUUUAGAAAUCGAUGAAAGUUCUGGGAAAUUUCUAAAGUGGAUUCGUUUUGGCCACCCUUUCGAAAUGUCUCAAAUAUCGAUCCAUGGAAGAUUUAUAGUUAUUAUCAUUGUCGUCUGUACUAUCAAUCUUACGAAAGUUGAGGGUAGGAAGUGCGUCUGCACGAGCAAAGAUUGUAAAGAAGCUGGGGAAGACACCUGCGAGACAAAGUACUACUGUUACACCGAAUCGAUUCUCUUUACUGAUCAGGAAUUUGGGGAAAAUACGACCACGCGAGGAUGCACACAGAGCCCAACGCCAUUGUUGUGCGAGACAAAGUCUUGGGUCACGAGGUCAAAGCUAUCGACGUCGUCGUCGUCGUCGUCGUCGUCGUCGUCGUCGUCGUCGUCAAAAGACAACGACGAGAAAGACGAGAUCGUUGAAAAUCGUCAUGUCUUGUCGACGAGACUUUGGAUACGUAUGUCCUGGCCAAGAUUAAAGUGUUGUGACAGUCAAGAUUAUUGUAACGCUGAUCAUCUCGGCGACUUGUCCACGUGGAUACGCGAAAGAGAAAAAGAAGAAGGGAAAAAGAGAAAGAAGAUCAAGGAAAAAGGAGAAAAAGUGGGAAAGGAAGAGAAAUUUUCAUUCGGGAGAAUGAAUCAAAAUAAUAAUUUAAGAUCUAACGCAGGAAUAGAUCAAAACGACGAUUUACAAUCGAGCAAUAAAUUUAACCAAAAUAACAAUCUGAUAUCGCUAAACUCAAGUAGGUCAUUCACGAAUUCUUCGAGUAGCAGUCAAGAUCAAAUUAUUUCGAUCUCUUCGGAGUCGAUAUCAACGAUCAACGAAAGUUUUGAUUCAAAUCAUUUUCUGCAACAUCGGGUAAGGCCGCUCCACGUCGCUGUUUUUGUACUUGCUAUAUCUGCAUUGAUAUCCGUCCUGGCUGCCUGCUACGUCAUUAUGAGGUUCAUACGUUUUCUGUUUUUUUUUUCUUUCUUUCUUUUGUUUUCUUUUCUUUUUAUCAUUAUCGCCGCGAUUAUUAUUAUUAUUAAUAUUCUAUUCUUUGCAAGAGGCUAUCGCAACUCUUUUAUUUGAUUUUCUCCUUCUUUAUCUUUCUUUCUUUCUUUUUUUUCUUGCUUUUCCUUUGUUUCUAUCUUCUCUUUCGUUGUUUACCUCGUCAAGAUUCUAUAUCCUACGUAAAUCAGUAUUAUUGUAUUAGUAUGCGAAUGUGUCAUACUUCUCGUAGAACGUGUUUCGAAAUAUACCGAUUUUUUGUCGCGAUCAAGUCACGUUAUUGAAUAUACAUUCUAUAUUAAUUUCUUAUUAGAACGUUGAUUUAUGCUCGUACUUUUAUCGCAGAGCUUUAUCUUCUCUACGUCGUACGAGUAGGAAGGAUAAGAAAAAUGCUUUACUAAAGGAAACAUGUUGGAGGAAUAUUUUGCGACUCGAGUUGCCGAUAAUCUUGGAAUAUAAUAAAUGUUAAGGUUCUUGAAGAAAAAUUCGUACAUAACUGACAGCAUGGAAUAACAAUGUGAUAUAUCAAUGGAUAUAUUGCUUCUUAUUUAAUUCUUUAAUAUAAAACUAGGAUGACGAAUCAAGAAGCUUCGUCCUAUUUGAAAAAUUUGUCUUCAGCGUGGGUCGUCGGGGCAUAACACAUGGAUGGCUACGAGACAAAGAAUAUUUCGUGAAGCACUCGACGGAGACAGUUUCCUGGCAAACAUAACGACUCGUUUGGCGCCUAUCUCUAACGUUCCUAUGUGCAUCAUGACGCAGCCAUGUGGAGACCAAUGUCCUUCGAAAUUCCAUCUACUUAGAAAACAGGGACUAAAGGUUUUACGAACAUUGGUACCAGGUGUUCCAACGAUUUUAAUAUUAUUAGUCAUCGUUAGGGUAGCUUUCCUAACACUCGAAAAGGUUAUAAAUGCUCGUCGAAAGAAAGGGAAACUCGAAACUUGAAUGUAGAAAUCGUUUUCGUAUGAUUAUGAGAACUACUUGUUUUUAAUUUUUCUCUAUCGUUCGAUUGCGCGAUUCUCACACAUCGAAACUAUUCUAAAGCGUUAUAGCUUUUUCUUCUAUUUAUAAGUAGCGUGUAAAUAACUGCAAUUGUAAAUGCACGUUUAUACCAUAUAUAUAUAUAUAUAUAUAUCUUAUGAUCGAUGAGAUUCGUAAAUUAAUUGAUUCGUGUUAACAGAGUGUUUCUUAAGUACUCUUAAUAUCUUAUUGCUACGUGUUAUGCUUCGAGAAAAAUGUUAGGAGAUUUGUACAAAUCUGUUGUUUAUUACGACAUUUUAUAGCGAUUACUCAAAUUUAACUACGAGUACUUGAGUAACACUCUUAAGAGAUAUGAGUAUAUAAAAGCGAUUUAUAUUUUUUGAAUAAGUAUAAAAUAUUUAAUUAAGCGCGAUUAAAUUCAAUCUCGUUUCGAUAGGCGAGUAAUUAUCAAGGAAGGAAUACGUAUAUUUUGCAAGUGUGAGAUACCGAAAUAAUCGAGCAUGAUUUAAAUUCAAGCAGAAAAAGCGUGACAAGAUGAAAAAGAGCGACCGAACGAGCAAACGAGAGAGAGAGAGAGAGAGAGAGAGAGACAGAAGACUGGUCGUGGCGCGUUCGAUUUGUUGGCCUAAAUGAGUCACGUAGAAUGCAACAAGACGGGAAUAAGAUCUUACGGAGCGAAUACAGGCCGUCCGACGGUAGCUGGCAUCCGGGAACUUGAGUUGGACAGCGCUCUACGAUCAGAUAUGUCGAGUGAAAAGUAAAUAUAUUUAGUGAGAAGGACUUCACUAGAUAGAUUUACCAACACAUCCAUCCAAAUGAUCUCUCGGAAGUUUUUGCUAAAGGAAACUUUCUUGUUCUUUUUCUGUGAAUACUUUCGUUGAGAAGCAACAUAAAUCAACGAUAAAGUUUCUUCCUCCAUAAUUUUUGAAAAUGUUCACUAUCACGAUUCUAACACGAUUUCAGAGAUAGCCAUAGAGAUAUAUUUUUCCAAUAUGCAAAUAAGAGAAAGAGAGAGACUUAAAGAGAUCGGUCUACCACGGUUAUUAAGAAUCGAUAACACAAACGCAAGGACAAAUCUCGAGAGUUUCAAUUUAUAUUCCAGAAUAUCCAGCGUGACGUAUAAAAUAUAUAUAUAUAUAUAUAUAUAUAUAUAUGUGCGUGUACAAUACAAACGUACCACUAAAUAUAACAACUCGACACGUUUUGCGAAGGCGUACAAGCAACGCACUCGUUUAUGUAUUUCCUUUGCAUUCGCUUAUCCUUGCAAGUUGCGCUUAACGCGAAGGAACGAAUAUACGGGAACAUUUUCCUUGGCCACUCUUGCUAUCGAGAAGUAAAUAUAUUGUACGUACCCCUAUCUAUAUAUUAAAGUAUAUAUUUUUUCUCGAUAUCUUUGAAGAUUUGCGAGAAUGCCCCCUGAUGAACUUUGCUCGUGAUGGGAGAGAAAAAGAGAGAGACAAAGAACAGAACGAGAACGUUGAGAAUUUCGUGUCGGUAAUAAAAUUUAAAGAAGAGUCGCCGAGACUUCAGAUAAUACGAUUAAAAAAAAUACAGAUAAAGAGAGGGGGAGAGGAAGGGAGAGAGAGAGAGAAAGAGAUAAGGCAAACUCGUCGAAAGCUUGCCGUUGUUUUAUUUGUGCAUGCACACAUACUAGUUAUAUCUAUAUAUUGUGUGUCCAUAUGUCACAGAUGUAUAAUUGUGUAUAUACGAAUAUAUUAUGUGGGGAUAUGUGUGCGAACUAAAAGGGCGCCAAGAUACUUCUGCCCCUCGUACGCGUUACAACACCCGCCUCGCCGGAGCGAUAAAGGAAUUACAAGAGUACGAAUACAAGCGCGAAUGCCGGCGCGAUAAAAGGAAUUUGAAUUUCCUGAAGCGUGAGAGCAAAGAUACUACGCGGCAAUAAUACGGGCCAAUCGUAAAACAUCUGUUCAUCUGUUCUUAUUUUUCUAACGUUCUAUCGGUUCUUCUUCUUUUUCUUUCCUUUUUUCUUUUUUGUUUUGUUUUAAAAGAAAUUAAAAUAUCCAAAUUUGAAAUUUAUCAAAUCUUUCCAAACGUUCGUAAUAAAAAUUAUCAUAUGAAUUAAUAUCCUAUUGUCCAAUAUUCUUAUUUGAAAUAAAAUUGAAGAGUCAAUUGCGGUUAGGAUGAUGAGGUUCUAGUAGCGGCAUUAAUGGCUCACGAAUUACUCCUGUCCAAACAAUAUCGAUCCACCUCACGAAAUCAUUUUACCUUUGUAUCGAUAACGAGCGAAACGAAGAAAAGGGAUGGUCGGCUUGUUUUAUUUAUCUGUCUAUAGGUAUACAUACAUACAUACAUACAUACAUACAUAUAUAUAUAUAUAUAUGUAUGUAUAUAUAUAUUCCAUUAAAGUGGGCCUUGUUGUAGGAUGUAAAGAGUAGGGGAGAAGGAUCGAACGCCCCGAACCGGUCCUCGAUCUCUCUUUUGGGCCAGGUGCCCAGCGUGGAAUCAAAAGUAAUGUCCCUAACUGAAUGGCUUGACCACCGUACUCGUUUCGCUCGACUAAAAUCAAUCACUCCGCUUAAGCGCAGCGAUUCGACGAGCUCUUUCCACUGUUAGAUUUACCGCGAGCAUCAGCCCCGUCCAGUAUCUUUGGACGAGCAAACAUCUUAGAUAAAUAUCUCUACCUUGUCUAACUCGUCUUUCUACCUUCCUCCUGGAGAAUGACUCCGGCAAGAUGACUUUUUUUUUAUACUUUUGCUACCGAUUCUCUUAUAUGAUCGCAUGCUUUUGUCAUCAUCCUAAUGAAUUCCUAGUUUCAAUAUUUCGAUAUUAUACAAUUCGAUCUUGUUUGGUCAAUAUUAUCGAGAUAUAAACGACUUAAUCAAGGA